UUAUCUUUUCCGGUUACGUGAUUGAUCAGAUAUUUGCUGUGUAGGCCUAGUAGAUUUCAUAAUAAAAGAUGUUCUUUGUUUUUGUCACCACCGUUUGCAUUUUGUAUUCGAGUUUUCUUGAAUUUGGUUACAACAAUGGGGUUAUUUUUUACAAGUGUAUUAGUUUUACCUAUGGACAAAAUGUAUGUUGGGUGCUCUGUUUGAUUGUGUUAGAAUGAAAAGAUAUUGUGUCAUUUUUAGUUAGACAUGGAAUUUUAUAUUUCUUUUCUUUGUGUACCAGUAAUAAAAGUGGCGUCCAUUGUCAUCUAUAUCCUUCUCCUCAUUAGAUAUUCUUUAAGUUGACCACUAUUUUUAUUUCUAUAUUAAUUUUAUUCAUAUAAAUUUUUUGUUUAUUUUCUUUGGUUAUUUGUUAUUUUUAGUUUUAUUUUAUUUAAAUUAUGUUUUUAUUUCUUGUGUAGGCCAGUUGGCCAUCAGGUAUGUAUGCCACUUCUCCAAAGUCAGAUCAUAUUAGACUGAGUGCUCACGUGAUCUGAGCUCGAAUUUAGGUGCUAUCUCGAGGAUGUUCUUCUUUUUUGCCAGAAGUGCGGGGUUGUGCCAAAGCGCCACCAAACCCCGCUCUGAUGGCCAGGGGCAUUUCGGAUUGUUACUAUUCUGACUUAAUUUCAGUUAUUAUUUAGGCUUUCCUCCCUUUAAUAUCUAUUGCAAUACUCCCCUAUACCUUUAUGUUUUUAUUUUAAAUUAAAAUUUUGACAAAUAGUGUGAAGUCGCUAAAGUAUAUAAUUAUCCGGUCUUUUAUAAUUUAGUUUCUAUAAGUGAUUCCCCCCAUCUUCAACAUAGUUAUCAAAGCAUCUGCUUUGUAUGGUGCUGUGCUUUACCCAACAGAUGAUAAUAUACUACAGGAGAGACUACCCAACUUGGAGGUGAUAAUGUCCAGCUGCCUAGGAGUUAAACAUCUAGAUACUGAUUUCACUGACCAAGGCAAAGCCAGAGAGCAGAUAGAUUUGGCCUGUGAAGUAUUGAAAACUUUCUUUAAAGUACAAGAUCCAGCUGCCAUCCUCAGUCAGUAUGGCAUUUCAAUGUUGAGAGCUCUGAACCAUCCAAAUGUUGAAGUCAAGGAACUAGUACUGCAAGAGUUAAAUCGUGCGGCGAGUGAACCCAUGCUUACUCCCAGACUCUGUGAGGAGCGAGAUCUGUUGUUGUGCGUGGUGACAUGUGUGGGUCAUGAGGACAAUUCGGUUGCACGACCCAGUGUCCAGUUUCUAGUCAAGCUCGGUAGCACCUUAGAAGGCACCAAGAGCCUCUUCUCCACUUCCAUGUUGGAGACUCUCAACCGUGUUGCCCAGUUAAACGACAUCAAUCGUUUCCGUGUGUACGAGAUCAUAGUAGAGAUCAGUACAGUGUUUCAACCGGGUCUGGAGGCCAGCAGAACGAGUGGUCUGUUGGAUGCAGUGCUGGAAGAACUGAAAAGCGAUGACAUCUUGACUGUACUCAACACACUUGAAUUGUUCCAGAUCAUAGUAGAGAUCAGUACAGUGUUUCAAUCGGGUCUGGAGGCCAGCAGAACGAGUGGUCUGUUGGAUGCAGUGCUGGAAGAACUGAAAAGCGAUGACAUCCUGACUGUACUCAACACACUUGAAUUGUUCCAGAUCAUAGUAGAGAUCAGUACAGUGUGUCAACCGGGUCUGGAGGCCAGCAGAACGAGUGGUCUGUUGGAUGCAGUGCUGGAAGAACUGAAAAGCGAUGACAUCCUGACUGUACUCAACACACUUGAAUUGUUCCAGAUCAUAGUAGAGAUCAGUACAGUGUGUCAACCGGGUCUGGAGGCCAGCAGAACGAGUGGUCUGUUGGAUGCAGUGCUGGAAGAACUGAAAAGCGAUGACAUCCUGGCUGUACUCAACACACUUGAAUUGAUCACAAAACUUGCCUUGACACACCAUGGCUUCCAGUAUUUGGAGUCCCACGGAGUUGUCAGACACUUGGCAGAAAAACUGUGUGGCAAGGAAGGAGAAGCUUUCUUAUCAUAUUUUUUGCUUGGUUUGGUGAAAUUUUUUGGAAAUGUUGCACAGCUGAGACCCCAGGAAACUUUUCAUGACUACCCAGAAGCCAUGACAGCUAUUUUUAGAACUAUCCAGGAAGACGCAGAUCAAAAUUUGGUGUUAGUGGCACUCGAAACAUUUGGAUAUAUAGCAACAACCACCCAUGGAAAAUGGGUAUUACACAAGAAAGGAAUUUACAUGAAGGAAAUAAUGAACCGGAUCAUGGAAAUAGUUCUCAAAUGGCCGACAGACAGCAGAGUACGAGGACUUAAUGUAUUGGCCAAUCUCUUGAGACUCAAGGUCAGUGACCAAGACACAGAGAUGUUGGCAGUGGUCAGAGAAUGGUUUAAUCUAUUAGGUUCUACAGACCACGUGAUGACCAAGGUAGGAGAUAUGGCUCAGCAACCCUUCCCAGAGAUCAAGUUGGCAGUACUGAUGUUGCUGCAAGUCCUAGCUGAGCAGCCAUGGAGUCAACAAUACAUACGUAAUACCCCAGGACUGCUGGAGUUUCUGUUGGACAGAAACAGUGACUCGACAAUGCUCGAGAAGACAGCGAGGUUUGCAGUGAUUGAGAGUUUGGCUGAGUCUCCAACGUCUGAAGCAGUAUUUGGGGAAGAAAUGGUAAAACAGUUUAAGAGAUUUACCAAGGAGGGAGCUGUAUAUGUUCAGUUACAGACAGAAGUAGCAAUUGAAAAAGCGGACUAAGGAAACUGGCUGUAAAGUGUUAAAGCAAUAUUUUUGUAGAGUGCUGUUUACAAUAAAAUAUUGUAUUUAAGAUACUGAAGUUUUUAUAUACACGUCAUAUGAUAAAUAUAAGUUUAUUUUUAUGUUAAAGAAAUAAAAUUAGCUUUUGGUUAGAAA